GGGCAGUAGUUACGCUUGUGAAGCUGUCUCUCCUGUUUACUGAUCACUGCUAUUCCUGACACUGCUCCUUCAGCAAGGGAGAGAGACCAGCUCUGGACGAUUUGACAGUAACAUUGACUGCUCCCAGCCCCCAAACCCAGUCUCUUGCUUUCUGGAUCUGGAUUAAACAAAGUCAAGGAUAUAUACGUUUCACACUCGUAAAAACACGGUUCACCGCAGGAACCUCUAUUAUGGUGUCGGUAGUAAAAGACCAGGCAUUUGUGACUCUUGCUACCAAUGAUGUUUACUGCCAGGGUGCCCUGGUACUCUGCCAAUCUCUGAGGCAUCACAAGACGACUAGACAAAUAGUUGCUCUAUUUACACCACAAGUCUCCAGUAAUAUGAGGCGUGCCCUUGAGCGUCUAUUUGACGAGGUCGUAGAAGUUAAUGUACUCGACAGCGGUGACUCUGCCCACUUGGCCCUUUUGAGUAGGCCGGAACUUGGCGUAACAUUUACCAAAAUACACUGCUGGUGCCUCACACAGUAUUCCAAGUGUGUGUUCAUGGAUGCAGAUACUUUGGUGUGUAAUAACAUCGAUGACCUCUUUGAAAGGGAGGAGCUCUCUGCUGCCCCAGAUCCUGGCUGGCCAGACUGCUUCAAUUCUGGGGUGUUCGUGUACAGACCUUCCCUCGAAACCUACAAUCAGUUACUCAAGUUUGCCACUGAGAACGGUAGCUUUGACGGGGGAGAUCAAGGCUUGUUGAAUAGUUUCUUCAGUGACUGGUCUACAGCAGAUAUCUACAAACAUCUACCAUUCAUCUACAACCUCAGUGCCAUUGCCAUAUACAGCUACCUCCCAGCCUUCAAGCAGUUUGGCUCCAGUCUGAAAGUGUUUCAUUUCCUGGGACCAACUAAGCCAUGGCAUCACAAGUACGAUGCUCAGACCAAGGGUGUUAUCCAGGAGAACAUGUCCCCCUCAGACUCGCUGUUUAUAGACUUUCUGAAUUUGUGGUGGGACAUCUACGCCACCUGCAUUUGGCCAUUGCUGGUAGAAUACAAGGCUGCAGACACAAAGAUGAUCGAGUACCAGAUGCCCGAAGCAGGAGAUCUCCAGGUUAAGAUGAGACGUCAGGAAGAAACUGUUGCACAUGAGAAACCCAUCAAGCCUGCUGAAAUUCUCGAGACCCAGGGGCAUCCGCAAAGCACAGAGAAAAGAGAAAAGAUAACUGCUGGUCCAUCCAUGUCAAGCAAACGUCACUAUUUUGCAUAUAAACCUACAGAUAAUGUAAAAGAACCGAAUGUGCCGUUACUCGCUGCAUCCAUUGCGACGUCUAUGGAGAUGGUACAUGAAACUGAAAUGAUGCCUUCUGACACACCUGGGCCAAGUAUUUCACCCCCGCAUCAGGAAGAUGUAGCAGCCUCUUUCGCAGACCUGUCCUUGGAAGUGGAACCAACCCAGUCUGAGAAGGAAAGACGGAGAUGGGAAGAAGGCAAUGCGGAUUAUCUGGGAAAGGAUGCUUUUGUAAACAUUCAGCGAAAGUUGGACCGGUUCCUGAAGUAGUGCGUCGGCUAUUGAUCAUGCGCUGUUGGGCUGAGAUACUUUUUUGCUUUAUAUAUAAAAUAAGGAUGGCAGCUCAAUCCUGAGGCAUAGGAACAAAUUGACUGUCCAUUUAAAAUUGCAUUGUAUAUAGAUUUUUGGUUUUGGAUGAACGUGUAUUUUUUUUUACAUUUUUUCGUGCUAUUAAAAAAUGUUUACUGAUUA